UCAUGGUAAGUGACCACCAGAUGUUGCAGUGUGAUCCGACGGUGCCAAUGUUGGCUAUGGAGAGCAAGUGGAAAUCCAACGUUGAAAUUGCUCCCAAUUGUCCGCGUUGUGCCUCUCCGAACACCAAAUUCUGUUAUUACAACAACUAUAGUUUGUCUCAGCCUAGGUACUUCUGCAAAGGGUGCAGAAGGUAUUGGACUAAAGGCGGUUCCCUAAGGAACGUACCCGUUGGCGGAUGUCGGAAGAGACAAAGAGGGAAGUCCAUCAGCGAAAGUGUUGAGAAAAGAGGUCAAGUUUCGAUGACUUACUGUAAGGAUUCAAGUAGUCCUUCUAAUGAGGAUUCAGGGAAUCGACCCGAUAUAGAUCUAGCCGUUGUUUUUGCCAAAUUCUUGAAUCAAAACUCAAGUUUUGAUCAGCCUCGGGCGAAUAAAGAUAACAAUUCAUCAAUGGAGUGCCGGAAACCAGAUGUUCAUUCAAUUCAAGUGCCAUAUAUGCUUCGAGAAAUGCCGGGAACCGACGAGAUCGAGGCGUUCGGGCUACAAAGUUUGUUGGAAGCCGAUGUUCAAGUGGUGUUACCGGAUGGUUUAUGGACCGACGACCAUGAUGUUGCAGCAACAACACCAGACUUUGAAAGGCAAAUGCAACAACUUGAGUCAUUUCCAGUUGAUGAUCAACUAAAGGUUUCUGCAAACUUAAUGAAUGAAGAUUGGGGUUCCUUUGAUCUUUCUGGAUUUGGAAUUUUUUCAAAGUUCAAAGCCUUGAAGUUGAAGAAACUUUUCCAUUUUUUUAUAAUAAUCCAUACAUAUACUUGUUUACAAUAUGAAUUGGCUCAAGUGAUGAAAAGUACAUCAUUUUAA